AUGUUGCCGAACAAGCCAGUGCUCGGGGAACCGAUCGCAGUGUCAGAAGAAAACUCAUAUCUAGCGGCACAGGAUGAAAUCGACGAUGAUAACAUUCCGUUCGGCGAGGGAGCCUUUCAGAAACGAGUACUGAUCAUCAGCGUUUUCACCGGUGCCAUCAACUCUGCCCAGAACCAACUCUUCCGGAUGUCGUGGCUCGAGAUGGACCACUGGUGCCACCGCCCGAACGCUUUCUCCAACAUGAGCGUGUCUGCGUGGAAGGAGCUCGCAAUUCCACGUUACCUCAACGGAAGCUACAGCCGCUGCACGGUGCGCGUUCCGCCGGAGGGUGGCACUUGGGCCCGCGUAGAACCUUGCGUUGAAUGGGAGUUCGACCUGAACCAGCACGGCAACACCGCGGUCAGUGAGUGGAGCGUUGUCUGCCAGCGGCGUCAUCUGGCCGACGCCGCCCAGGCUGCGCAACUCUUCGCCACGACCAUCGCCCUUCUGACCCUGGGCCCUAUAGCCGACCGCAUUGGCCGCAAGAUGGUGGGAUUCCUGGCGCUCACGGCUCUGCUUCUCACGCUCGCGGCGACCAGCGUUGCGACCGACCUGCAGACAUUUAUAGUUGUACGUACAGUCGCAGCGGCAGCGUCGGCUGGCCUCUUCGUCAUCUGGGUGCUGCUCUACGAGAUAACUACCACGACCCGCCGACUGCUUUACACCACCGUCGGCUCGGCUCUUUCGUUUGUCAUCUCCCGGGUGUUUCUAUCUUUGGCGCACCUGUGGAAAGUGAGCUGGUCGGCAUCGCACAUGCUCCUGGCAUUGUUUGCCUUAGUUCUCCUCGUCGCUUUUAGCGUACUCGACGAAUCUCCAUCUUGGCUGAUCGCUGCGCACCGUGAGGACGAAGCCAGAGACACAUGCACAGGGCACAGCAACUACCUCACGGAACCACCGCGACAAGCCAAGGUAGCAGCCUGA